AUGAAAUGCUAUAACAAAUUCACUAAAAAUGUGACAAAACAAUUUAUUCGUCGUAACAGCACAGGAAGUUCAAAGAUUUCCAAGCCCUAUGGCCAACCGAGUGACAAUUCAAAUCACAGAAAACCUAAUAUGUUAAAUGUCAUUAGACGAUCUGCGAGACGUACCCUGGGCACUAUACGUGAUAUGUUGAAACCUUCGAAUUCAUCCACCUCAGUCGUGUCAAACUCAUCGGAUGUUAAUGAAACCAAAUACGAAUCACAGUGUGAUGAUCAAUGCUUUGUACCCCCGGAUCAGAUCGCAUCCUUAACAGCACCUUUGUUAGAUGAAGGUCUAGAUGGAAAUGAUGAGGAUCAUGGCCUUGUUCACGCCGAAUCUAAUUCCUCAAAUUCUCUACGAUAUGUCACCCUAUCAAAAUCUAGUCAAGAUAGCACAUUCGGUUUAUUUGUUACAAAAUCUAACCUGGGUUAUCGUGUGACACGUUUAACGGUGCGAUUAAUUCUAAACAAUUCAAGUCCAUUGCGUAUUGGUGAUGAAAUUAUCCAAGUGAAUGGCAUAGAUUGCAGACAAUUAGAUAUUGAUCAGAUGCAAGAAUUAUUUCGACAGAAUCAAACUAUUCAGCUGACAAUCAUUGAUGAAUAA